AUGAUUAGAUUUUUUCACCCUUACUGGCCAAAAACAUCUGAGCGCAGCGCAUGUCUCCAUUGGGCCAGUCGAAGACGAGCUGCUGCACAGGGAUGGGAGCACGCAGUAGCGCUUCAACUCGGUGACUUCAGGUGUCUAUCGAGUGAAGGUCACCAGGCUCUCGACGACUGCGUCCGUGCUUUGUCUUGUGUGCUCCGUAUCUUGAUCAGCUAG